CUUUCUCUCUUUCUCUGUCUGUCUCUCUCUGUCCUUUCUGACUCUCUCUGUCUCUCCAUCUCUCUCCCUGUUCAUGUUACUUGAUUUAUUUUUCCAAUAAGUAUUAUAUUCAUUAUGAUUAUUCUUAUCAAGAUGUCUGAGUUUUGUUAAUGAACAUAUUGUAUAUUACCCAUAUUAAUAUUUUUUUAUUAAUGAACAUAUUGUAUAUUACCCAUAUUAAUAUGAUGUUUUAUUGAUAAUUGUUACUGUAAAAGGGGUCCCUCUGUCCGUCUGCUUUCAUGAAACUGAAAAACAUAAUUUUCAGCCUCAUGAAUGUUUUUCAGAAAGCAGAGAAAUGUUCCCAUCUAGUGGUCACAUUUGGAACUAAUACCAGAACUUCUCUUUUUAAUGCCACAACAGAGUAGUAAUACUGCUGGUGUCGAAUGGCAGAGACACACACACACAUGUUGGUGUUGCUCAGAUUGUUUAAUGUGAAGAGAGAAUGUGACUUGUGACCGAGUGUUUAAUGUGACUUGUGACCGAGUGUUUAAUGUGACUUGUGACCGAGUAUUUAAUGUGACUUGUGACCGACUGUUUAAUGUGCCUCUGUGCUCUGAAGGAGGGAUGGAGGGAUGGGAGGAGCUACACACACCAGCAGCAAUGCUGACAGCCAAUCAGAGUCGUCCUACAGCUCUUCCCAUGGCGGUCCAACCCAACCGCUCGUGUAAGGAUCUGACUCGCUACAUGGUUCUGAAGCAUCCCGAGCAGGUAGCCAUUGGCUCCAUCUGCUUCCUGGCCGGUCCCAUCACCCUCCUGGAGAACCUGCUGGUUCUGGGCGUGAUCGCGGCCAGCGCUCCCCUGCGGAGACGCCCCUCCUACCUGUUCAUCGGCAGCCUCGCCCUGGCGGACAUCUUUGCCAGCUGCUUCUUCACCGUCAACUUCCUGGACUUCCACCUGUUCAAGCGCUGUGACAGCCCGGCCACGUACCUGUUCAAGCUGGGCGGCGUCACGAUGGCUUUCUCCGGCUCUGUGGGCAGCCUGCUGCUGACGGCAUUGGACCGCUACGUCUGCAUCCACCACGCGGCCCGCUACCACGCGCUGCUCACCCGCCGCCGCGCCCUGCUCGCCCUGCUGGGCCUGUGGAGCCUUGUGCUCCUCAUCUCUUUCCUGCCUCUGAUGGGCUGGCGCUGCCCAGGCGGCCUCCACUCGCCCUGCUCUGACCUGUUCCCCUACAUCCCGCCCUGCUACAUGCUGUGCUGGGCCAGCUUCAUCCUGGCGUUGCUGGGGCUCAUCCUGGGGGCGUACGGCCUGGUGCUGUGGAGGGCUCACCAGCACGAGGCCUCCAUGAGCAGCCUGCAGGGGGCGCCGGCGGGGCAGUCCCGCAUGAGGAUGGACAUCCGCCUGGCGCGCACUCUGGGGCUCAUCCUGCUCAUCCUGGUGGGCUGCUGGGUGCCUGUGCUGGCCUUCAUGCUGGAGGACGUGAGGAGGCACUUAAACCGCUCUCAGCAGAGGGCCUUCGCCUUCUGCAGCACGCUGUGUCUCGUCAACUCGGCCGUGAACCCGCUGCUCUACGCCCUGCGCUGCAGGGAGCUGAGGGGGGCGCUGCUGCGGCUGGCGGCGAGGCUGUGGGGGCUGGGGGGCUGCCAGAGGCCCAUGGGGUCGGGGGACUCGGCUCCAGCCCUGCCCACAGCAGAGAGUAAAAGCUUCAGCAUGGCCCUGGAGGAGGACAGGGCAGAAGGGAACACCUGCACGGUGGACUCUGUCUCAGGGAGGGUGAACAAGCAGCUGCACACCAGUGGGUAG